AUGAAACUGAUAAAUCCGAUUUUGUCUCGACAUCAUGUUGCACACAUUCGUGCUUGGCUUAAAUAUAAAUCAGAUAAUAUCUUUGCCGCAGGACCUUUGGUUAUCAUUCCAACACUUGCAUUAGUUUCCGUAUGUCUUAUACUACUCUUCUCAUCAUUGUAUCUUUGGAGUGGAGAAGCUAAUACAUAUUCACAAUCAUUAUGGGAAACUUUUAUGCGUACACUGGAUCCGGGCUCGGCAGCUGAAGAUACAGGUGGAUUUCGUCGGUUUAUUUCGGCGGCAGUGACAAUGUGUGGUAUUUUUAUCAUAUCGACUUUAAUUGGUGCAUUGACAACAGGUAUGGAGGGUAAAUUAGCUGAGUUACGCAAAGGACGUACUCAAGUCAUUGAAACGAACCAUACAAUUAUACUUGGCUGGUCAGCAAAGAUCUUCGACAUCAUCAACGAACUAAUCAUUGCUAAUGAGAAUCAAUCGAAUCCAUCGAUUGUCAUUCUAGCGUUAAAAGAUCGAAUUGAAAUGCAGGAAAUCAUCUCACAGAAAAUCGAUCGUAAGCAUCACAAUACACGAAUUAUCUGUCGAAAUGGUGAUCCGAUGUGCAUUCACGAUCUGAACAUUUUGUCACCAAACCAGGCUCGAUCGAUAAUUAUCCUCGCGCCGAUGAAUGACAAUCCCGAUGUGAGUGUGAUCAAAACAAUCCUAGCUAUUACAAACAACCCACAGCGAACCAAAUGCAAAUUUCAUAUCGUUGCAGAAAUUAGAAAACGGAGUAAUAUUGAAGUGGCACGAAUUGCAGGUGCGGAUGAAGUUGUUUUCGUACAUGCUGAUGAGAUCAUUGCGAGAAUUAUAGCACAAAGUGGACGGCAAUCCGGCUUAUCGAUUAUUCUAUCAAUGCUGCUUUCAUUUAAUUACAGUGAAAUUUAUUUUAAAUUCGAACCGCUACUAGUUGGCAAAACGUUUCGCGAAAUUCUAUUUCUUUAUCGGACGAGUACCAUUAUUGGCAUCAUGUUCGCUGAUGAAACAAUCAAAAUCUGUCCGUCACUGGAUACAAUCAUUCAAGAAAAUGAUCAAAUUAUUGUUAUUGCCGAAGAUGAUGAUGCCAUCCUCAUACAAAGAAGUCCUUCUUUGCCUCACCCUUCAAUUUCUGCCUUAGUUGAACAGGAUGUUUUCAUAGAACCAUCUGAUUCUAUCAAACAAACUACUAUUGAAAAGAAUAUCAUUCUCGGCUGGAAUUCCAAAGCGUCAUUAAUCGCCAAACAACUUGACAAUUACGUAUCUGCAGGAAGCGAAUUACAUAUCUUAACAAACCUUGACAAAGCAACCAAGAUCAUUAGCGAACAGCUAGUCAAUGAGCUGCAACAACAGAAGAUCUACCUUCACUCGGGUGAAACAACUAGUCGAACUGAUUUAGAAAAACUUAAUCUAUAUAAUUAUCAUGAUGUUAUUCUUCUUGCAAAUGAUAUUAGCAAUGAACGGAAUCAACUCGACAUGCCAUCAUCAGAAGCAGCCGAUGCCGAAUGCUUAAUCUGUCUAUUACAUCUACGAAAUAUAAUUGACAAAAAUCCUCGACAGAAAACUUUCAGUAUUGUUACAGAAAUGUUCGAUGUACGAAACCGUGAACUAGCUGAAAUCACACGUGCUGAUGAUUUCAUUGUCAGUCCAAAUAUUCUCUCGAAGUACAUCGCGCAAAUAAGUGAAAAUAAGAAUUUAACGAAAGUCUUCGACGUUUUACUGACAGCAGAAGGAGCAGAAAUUUAUCUUCGACCUGCUUGCUCAUUUACAAAAUUAGGUAUUCCGGUGUCAUUCAGUCGAAUACUCCAAGCGUCAAUCAAACAGCAAACGUUAGCCAUCGGUUACCGACAAACAAAAUAUGCCCAAGAUCCUAACAAAUUCUAUGGAAUCGUCCUCAAUCCUGAUAAAGACAUGUCCAUUAUCUUCCGACAAGAGGAUAAAAUCAUUGUCCUAGCAGAAGAAUAA